AUGACAAGCCGGACGCCCCCACCUCAUUCACCCACCGCCAACCCGCCUGAGGGGGACCCGGAGGGAGAACCGACGCGGUGGGGAGAGGGCGAGAGUGGGGGGCGGUGGCUGUUACCUGCAAAGGCGGCGGCGGCGGCCCCGCAGCUGCUCGGGCGGCGGCGGAGGAUGGAGCCGGGGGGCGGGGGGAGGAGAGGGGGCGACUCGGGGGUCCCCCUCCCUCCUCCUCCCCUCCUGUCCUCCCCCCACCCCGCAGAGCCUCUGGCCCCCCUGGAGCCGAAAACUCCGCUCGGGCGGGGGCCGGGUCGCGCCGGCGAGGCGAGGCGGCGGCGGGUGGAGGCUCUGGGCCCUGGCGGCCUGGCGCGGGUCGGGGGUCUGCGGCCUCCUCUCGGGCUGCGCCCCGCUGGGGGGCCCGCCGCCGCCUCCCCGCCCCCUCCUCCCUAUGGGGCCGCCGCUGAUCAGCUCUCGCCGCCGCCGCCGCCGCAGGGACUGGCGCACGGCGACUGGCGGGAGCUGUUUCCCCGCGUCCCCAGCCGGCCCGCCGCCUCUGCCCCCUCCCCGCAGGUCCCCGUCCGCGGGCUUCCCCGCGCCCCCAAGCCCGCGGCGGCCCGCGCCCCUUCUCCUCUCGCGAGAACACGCCCCCCCUCGCCAGCCGAAGCCGGGAGCGGGGCGUCGUUCCUGGGCGGGAAGUUGUGGGUUUUCCCCGCGCCCUCGUGGCGCGUCGCGGGCACCCGAGGCCCGGUAGGGGAGGCUCUUCUGCCUUCUGCGCGCAGCCGUGCCCGGGGCUUUUCCUCCCGCCCGCCGCAGCUCCAAGGAGGUCAGGCCGGGCGCGUGAGGGGCCCAGACCUGAGGCCCCAGAGAUGGGCGGUGCCCUGGGGGGGGCGCGCCCCGUUAAGCUUAGAGCCGGGCGAGAACCGACCCCACCCCUCUGCACCUCAGAGGUCAGUCCAGAGUCUGACACCGUUCCUGACUCCUAGGAGACCUAUCGUCCAGUCUAGAACACCUCUCUCGGAAGAGCCAUCCUCCCUGGGCUUCCUGUAA